AUGGAUCUCCCGGCCGCACCGACACCGCCCUCUGGUGGCCAUAAUGCGUCUGAUCGUACCGCUAGCUUGCUCAAUCUUCUCAAGUUCAGCGGUAGCUCUGCCGGCGCGAGCUCGCAGAAGCAGUUUGAAAAGGAGCUGCCACAUCAGAAGCAACCUGGCUUGCCUCAGAGCUCCGCGGCAGGUCGUCUUCAUCAGCCUGCACCAGCUGGCGCCGAUCCUAGUGGGUUGCUCGCCGCCCUGAUCAGAGGCAAUCCCGAAAAUGAUGAAACGAGCCCGAGCCACUCGCAGCCGCCCGCAGCGCAGCAGCCGGCAAAUCCGUUUGGCAACGGCUCUCCUCCGACGGACACGAGAUCAUACCUGCUCAACUUACUCAACCGCCCCAAACCGAGCCAGACAGAUCAGCCUAUGCUGCUGGAAUCUGGGCAAGGUCGACCCCAAUCGCCAAAAGGCAGCGAAAAUUCUCAUGAUGUGUACUACGAGCCGCAGCACCCACAGAUGCAGUCACACACUGUUUAUGGAUCUACUCAGCAGCAACAUCCCGACUCUUUUGCGGAUAGACAACCUGCUUCAAACGCUGGCUCCUCGUACUCGUACAACGCUUCACAAGAUGUUCAAACGGAUAUGUCCGCCGCUCUGUAUCAGCAGCUUAUUGGCAGCCUUUCCAAAACGUCUCCGCAAAGCCCGCAAGCGGUCGCAGCUGCAAACGCCGGCCCGUUGCACAUUCUGAAAAGGGACCAGGGUUCGCCAGCGGCCCGUCACCUGCACGAGCAAUCGGCGACCCGUAGCGACGAGCAGAGCCCCCAUGUGAGCCCUAGUGAACAGAUGCGCCAGCAUCUUGACCAUGCUGCAUCAUACCAACCUCAGCACUCCUCUCAGCUGCCCACACAGUCUUCCCCUCCAGCAAAUCCAGCCUCUGGCCAGCGCAACCAAGCUGUCAAGGAGCCGGUUUCUUCAGCAGUCAACGAAUUGGCCAGCAAGGCUGACUCGGAUGCUCGCGAAGCCCUCGCCCGCGCAGAGCAACAGCAAACGCGCAUCGACAACGCCUCAACUCUCGCUAGCCAGACACGCGAGAUGCAUUCCCAUGACAAGGUUGACGAGUCUGCUAGCUCUCACUUGACUGAUGGUAAUGGUGAAGCCAGCAAAGAUCUGAAAACUGAUCUCUUUGACGCGUCAGCAACCACCGUCCUACCUAUCCGCGUUCUGAUUGAGGAGGACCAAACUGUUGCCGACAGUUGGGAAAGCGCCGACCAAGACGAGAUUCUUGUCAUUGAAGAGCCCGAAUUUCCUCCCGUGAAGGUGUACAAUUUCCCGAUGAAGCCCUGGAUAUCAAUCAGUCUUCAAGAAGAUGCCACCGAACCUCGCCCUCAAUUUCGCGAUGAAUCCAUCAUGGACAUUGCUCGACUCAAGAAAGACUUCGACCAAAUCGACCGUAAUCUUUAUACCGCGUCGCGAACCUACAUGACUUAUGGCAUGUCGAAACAAGGUGGCCUUCGAGUUAUUCGGCAGGACGACGGAAAGGAUGCGAAGGUUUUCACUGAUACCAAAGACCGCAUCUUCAACGUCGGCAUGUCCGUUACACCCACCGAUUACGAAGGGCCCCACAAGGAGGCCAUCAUCGGUACAGGUAUCAGUGGCACCGUGUACUGGGUUCAGAUCAAAGAGGGUGACAAGGACCAUAUUGAUGAUGCCCACCUGGAGCAGUAUGGCUUCGCCCUUCCUCCUGUUUCUACACAAGAAGGUGAUGCUCCGGGUGGAGCCCUGAAAACGCGUGCUAGAGCAUCGACGAGUCACCCUGAAUUCUUCGCCGUUGGCCGGGGCAAAUGCAUCAACUUCAUUUGGCCUUCACACAUUCUUCAAAACAACCUCUUCAAACCGGGGCAUGAUCGUGUGGUUGACACCGAGAGACUGUUCAAUGAAUGCUCUCUAAAGAUUAACACUGGCAAGGCGGGCAAAGAUUUCACAUUCAGUCAAGAUGACUCCGUUGUCGUCUCUCUUGAUAAGUCUGGUCGGGUCAAGUUCUGGGAUGUUCGUGACCUCACCGCUGCCAAGGAAGGCACUACCGGUCGCUCUGCAGUGCCUGCACACACUUCCAUGGAGGUAAAGGAGCCCCUGAUGACUUUUGCCAGCACGCCGGAAGGCGAGAAAGCCUGGCCCACGUCCGUUCUUUUGCUCGACAAGCUUCGACCAUAUCAGAGGAGGUGUGCGCUUCGCUAUAUGAUUGUUGGUAUGAAACAGAACCACACUCUGCAGCUCUGGGAUCUAGCUCUGGCAAAACCUGUGCAAGAAUUCAACUUGCCUCAUAGCAAGGAAUCAGAUGCUGUCUGUAGCGUCAUGUACCACCCGGCCAGCGGCAUGAUUGUGAUUGGUCACCCGACGAGAAAUUCCAUCUACUUUGCGCAUCUGUCGGCACCGAAGUACAACCUCAAGAGCGUUUCUCAGGCCGAUUAUAUCCGGCGACUUGUCGACCAGGACUCCACCCUCUUGCAGCCGGAUAGUACCGCUGUGAUCUCUGGAGUUCGGGAAUACUCCUUCGCCAAUCGUGGCAUCCUGAGAAGUCUGGAUAUCCUGUGCAAUCCUGCUAUGAUGCAAGACGCUGAUGAACCUACUCUUUUCGAACUUUACGCCAUGCAUUCCAAGGGUGUGGCUUGCAUGCUGAUCAAGCAGCAUGAGUUGGGAUGGUCAAAGGACAACAAGGUUUUGCAGGCCGUUGACGCCGUCACUGAGGGCGUCGUAACAGUUUCUAAACUGAAGACGCCGCAGGCAACGGAUAACCACUCUGUCGUUGUUGAAAGUCGCUCUGGUACCCGCAGCUCUGCCAGAGAAGGCAAUGCAUCCUCAGCAGCAAGUCACGUUGAGGCCAACCAGCGGCCCCUUGACCUGAAUGCCGGAUCCAGAGCUCGCAAUGAAGGUAAAGACAAUGACACUGCUGCCCAAUCCUCCAAAGAGAACCAACCGGAAAGGCCGGAGAAGAAAUCCCGGAAAAAGAAGACGGCCGCCUCUAAGGAAGCGGAAUCUUCAUCUCACGUGUCGGCUGCAGCUCUUCGUGACGGGCAGUCCGACAAAACGGACAUCAAAGGCGUUAAUGGCAUCUCGCCUGACGCCAUGGAAAAUGCUAUUGCCAGCAUGGAGGCUCGCCUGUCUGCUCAAAUGUCGGACACGCUAAAAUCUUCAUUGAGAAACCUGCAGAGCAAGAUUGACGAAGGCGCUCGCGUCAGGGACGAGAGCUUCAACCAUCAUCAGCUGAAGCUCCUCGAUAUGGUCUCCGAAGUGCUGAACGAAAACACCCAGAAGGUGCUUGAAUCUCUUAUCCACAGACAGUUCACUGAGUUGGUCAUUCCUGCUAUCGGUGAAAAGACAAGCAAGAGCGUUACAGACCUCCUCAACAACAGACUUCAGCCCAGCGUUGUCUCGGCCGUCCAGAAGGAGGUGCAAUCUGCCAUCCCACAGGCAUUGACCCAAGUUUUACGGUCUGGGGAGCUCGCUAGCUCAAUUGCCGAGCGAGUCAGCCCAAGUGUAUCAUCGGCUGUGCAACGCGACAUGGCCGCCACUCUCGCACAGCGCCUGGCACCGACUUUAAGCUCGGUUGCCACGCAGUCAGCUCAACGUGUUGGUGGCGAUCUUCAGCAGCAGUAUCAUGACCAAUUUGAACAGUUGAAGGCCCAACACAUGGCAGAUUCAAACAAGAUCGACCAGCUCAGGUCACAGGUUAGCCAGCUCACGGAAAUGGUCUCAACCUUGGUGUCAGCACAGUCUUUGAUGCAAUCUGAGCUGUACAAGCUUAAGCAGCAACCCGUACACGAGCUGCCCGGCGUGUCUGGCACCCUCAAUCACCAUGUUCCUAGCACGGUUGCCUCGCAUGGAUAUGGCAGCACCAACAAUGCCAAUCCAAGCAGCCACCCGGCGAGCUUCGCUGCGAGCCAGGCUGCGAGCAACACACAGCCGUACAUGGGUAGUCCCCAGUAUAUGCGAGGACAGCACCUUGUUAGAAGCCCACAUGGCUCAAGCGGCCCUUCUGAUCAUGUUGUACCGGCGAACAACGUCAACGCUCUCGUGGGUGCUUACGCUCAUCAAAUGAGCAAGAGUGAAGUUGAAGCCGACAAUGAUCUGGCCCAACGUAUUCAGCUUAUUGAGCAAGCUAUGAGUGAGGGACGCCUCCAUGACGCCAUCAUUCAGUGGGUGCAGAGUGGUAAAGAAGGAGAGAUCUUCAAACGAAGCUUAGGCCGGUACUCGCCGACUAAGUUCGCGAAUUUGCCUCCCCUCAUGCUGCUAGUUGUGAUUGCAACGAUUUCGAAAGAUCUCAAACCCAAUCCGCGACUAAAGGAGGAGGUGGAAUGGAUCGAAAUGGCAGUCAACGCUUUUGCUGAGAGCAUGCCCAGUCAUGAUUGGGAAAAGCAGGGCGCCCGCGAUGUCACCAGAAGCGCCUCUCAGACGAUGCAGCUACUUGUGAACCGCAUCCGACCGCUGAUUGCAAGUUAUCAAGAUGGGUUCCCAACCGAUCCGUCCCUGAUGAACCUCGAAAGAGGAAAACUGGAAUGGAUUGUUCGAACGUCCGAGCAUGUUCUCAGCACUUACGACAGUCAACGACACUAUGAGUAG